CUUCAAUUCUUGAAUUUCCCCCACGGAUCGAAAUCCAACCGAUCACCAUUGGUCUCGUCUCGUCUCGCCUUUUCUUUCUUUCUGAUCUUUUUACCGUUGAUACAUAGUAAAAAGGAGCAAUAUGAAAUUGUUCUCUCAAAAACUUUCGCGAGCAAAGCGGUCUUCACCUUUGAAUCCAAAUGCUGAAGAUCCACAGCCAGGCGAUUCACCUUCACAACCGCAGCCGGUAGCUUCCAAGUCAGAAACCACCACCACAUCAAAACAGUCCGGUCGAAACUCUCAUAAACGAAAGUUGUACCCCUUUCAUAUGGAUCGAAAGAAUAAGGAUUCUUCUUCGUCUCUGGAGUCUUCUACAGCCGACUCCGUUUCUGAACUAGAGAACCCCGAAAGCGUCAGUGAGCAAGUCGUUCAAGCACAACCGCCUAAUGCUGUGUGGUCACUGAGUGCUGCCGAACCCGACAUGACCAAAAAGCCACCAGCUUUACCAGCGUCCACCCCAAGUGCAUCAGAGCUGUCUAAAGCGAUUGCAGAAGCGGCACAUGCGAAGUCACCCAGUGAACCAAUCACAGUUCCUCCAAAUUUACUCCAAACGAGUCACUUGCAGCAUUCUGAGGACUCUGUUCGGCCGCCAUUGCCGCCUUCUCGUAAAUCGUCGCCACCACCUGCCACGCUUUUGGCUUCAUCUUCCAGAGCGCCAGAUGCUUCUCUUUCUGCUAUCACUACGUCAGCCGAAAUAUCCAAUCCGCCAUCAUCAACCACUUCUUCAUCAAAACUGCGAAGUGUUCCUAUACCACAACCUUUAUUGUUGAAGCGCCAUACUAGCCGUUCAUCGUUUUCUUCCGUUGACGAUAACAACGACAGUCCAGUGUUGUCCACACCCACUUCUGGCCAUGGCCGUAAUUCACUGUCCAUCAACAGUUUUAAUGUCAGUGAACUUAGAGCGUCUGAUUCACCUUCAUCAAAUCUGCCUGUCCUCUCACCUAUCACAUCUUCGGCUGGAUCACAAGAAGAAAAUGAUGGAGGCUCACCAGCUUUGUCGGCAAAGUCUUCGACUGGUCAUACUAGUCCAGCAAGAGCCAUGUCUCCUGUGGUUGGCAGCACUGGUAUAAUUCAGAAAAAGAUCUCGAAACUACAUGAUAUGGAGUAUGGAAGUAGUGCAAGUGAACCGGAACCAUCAGAUACGCCUGGCGGAUAUGCGGAUCGAGCUUCCCCGUCUGCAGCUUCUUCAUUUACUAAUGAAAGCCCUAUUUCACAAUCUCAAACAUCCACCAUGCUCAACAAUCAACAAUCAAAUGCAUCACCCAAAUAUGCGAGUCCCCCAGUGGGUAGUGGUGGAAAAUACAUGCUUAAAUCAAAACGCGCCAGCUGGAUAGAUGCCAACGCUGCCCAUCCUCCGCCCAUUACGACGAACUUUUCACCUUAUGGUGAAGCUAGUUCUGGCAGCGCACCUUCCACUCCCAUUAGCGGUACGGAAAGCACCCGACAGCUUCAUAGCAGAAAGAAUUCGGUUGCCGAAGGGUUGAAUUCCGCUAUGACUGGUUCACCAGCCCUCAUGUAUUCUCAAGCUUCCAUGAUGACUUCAGGGGGUUACUCUCCAUCGCUUGCUGCAAGCAAAGAAUUCGAUGAGAAUGAACCUCCUCUUUCCAAUACAAGAUUACAUAAAACCGGUUCAAUUUCCAGAAUGGCAGAUUCCAGUGGCGCAAAGAAUAUACCCACACAUACCAUUCGGCGCAGAGAAAGUUCCACCGAUGUUACCAGCUCUGGAUCUGAAAAUUCAUCCCGCCUGGUGGAUGUGAUGUCAAAGCGACUGCCCAGAAGGUCGUCUACCUUGGAUAGCAGUAUCACCGAUGGCGAUGACGUUAAUGAUAACCAGCAAAACCCUUCGUCUCUUCCACCGCCUUAUGUGUUGCCCACUGGUUUCCGAGAAAUCUUUCAGCACAAACGUACACCGUCCAUAUCGUCAACUUUGACAGCCAACAGUGUUGAUGAGCAUUCACCUUUAGUAUCACCUAUUGCUCGCCAGUAUCCUCAACCUUUGAACAUGGAAGAAGUUUUUGCUGCUCCAACUAGCCCUUCUGAUCAUAGAUCACCUGUCACACCUCUCAGUGCCAACAAAUCCUUAAUAAGUUCUAAAAGAGAGCGUACAGCAUCUUCAUCCUCUUUAGUCAGUCCAACUUCUAGUACCAAACCAAAUGCUCAGACCAAGGCCCAUCGUCGAAGAUCGUCCAUGUCCAUGUUGCGAAAUAUACCCUCAGAAGAACUCGCCAGCAUAGUCAGUGGAAGUUCACCCAACCCUGUGGUGAUAGCUCCCAUGGAUGAGGCAUUUGGUCGCCAAAGAGGUCGAACACAUACGAUUGCAACCAGCAAUUUGUCAAGUUUUCAUACGUUUGAUGAUAUGGAAUCCGACGAAAAUAAUACCGAUGAACAAUCUACUUCUAAAGCGACAAACCUCCCUGGUUAUCAAACCUCACUGCAAACCUUCCUCAGAAGGCAGUUCCACAGCUAUUCUGACCAAGAGAAGCAGGCUCAAGUGAAGCGAACAUCUUCCAUUGCAGAUCGAGACAGAGACGUCACAGAAAUGAGUCUCGAUGAUGAUGGUCCUAGUGAUUUGACUGGUGACAGCAUACGACGAUCAUAUAGUCCAAAUGAUUUGGAUCCUAGUCUUAAAGAACUUCGAGCUCCCAUUUUCCCCUCUUCGUUGCUCAAUACUCCGUACCCUCGACCCAUUAUGAAGAAGGAGAACAAGAAGUUAAUGUCUAUUAGUCGAGCAACAGCAAGUACUUCAGCUCCACAUUUAUUGCAAGAUGAUGACAGUGUUUUGCCUGCUGUGAACGACGCAUUUGGAUGGCCGGAAUCUAGCAGCAAGCCAAUGCAUGAUUCAAUAUACAUGGAUACCGAUAGCAAACCGGCUGUGUCACAUAUUCAACCGCCUGCAUGGAAUCGACGCUUAUCGCAACAGAUGUAUGCCAACAUUUUGUUCCUAUCCAGAGCCGCGAAGUUGCGUAAAUGGAAGCGACAUAGUCGAUCAAAUUCAUUGCCCACUAUUCCUAGUCUUGAAAAGUCACCGGUAAAGGCAUCUGAACCGUCAAAGGAACCCGCAAAAGGUACAGAACCAGCGGAUGAUUCACCUCGCGGAAGCAACCGUAUACCCAUACCAGCUGGACUUCCGCGUCACAUCCAGCGAGAAAUGAGGUCGUCGAACAACUGGCAGAACCAACCUGGUGAUGUUUUAACCCCUACUAUUCUUGUGUCUUCUUACGAAAGCGAAGCAUAUGGUGAAUCAUCGCGGUCUGGCGAAUGGUCUAAAGGUUGGAAGGAUGUUGGAGGCAUUCCAUGGGUCGACUGGGUAGAAGAAUAUCGAAAGAUGAAAGAUGCUGAAUUGCAGAGACGAAAAUCUUUUGAAUCCCUUUCCACUAGUCUCAACCCUGACACCAUCACAGCAUCAAACAAUCCAAGGUCGUCUUUUACCGAAACGGACCUUGAUACGCUUAUGGAUGAACCCGAUGAUAACGCAUCUUCUCAAAAGUCAGAUGAAAAUAUAGUAGAUAGAAUGUUGAUUCCAUGGUGGUCUUCUGUGAAGAAUAAUGUACAACACACCUUGCACCGGCGACGGCCAUCAGGAGCUUUGGCAGUGCAUCCAACACCUUUAUCGACCAGUGCUGGUCAAGACCGAUUUCCAAGUAUGACCCAGCGCCGAAUGUCUAACUUGGCUAGUCAAGACGAUUCGGACCAAACAGCCAUGGCUAAACAUCGUUAUCAGCUCUCACUCGACUUGGAUGAUAUUCGAAACAUGUUUUCCGCUCAUCUGUCAUCUGCAGCGGCUGAAAAGGCUGCUGUACCCAAGGCACAGGAAAAGUCUGCUUCAAAUUCAUCAUCGCUCUCUGCGUCUCCCGUCGUUGCACCAGAACGUCCCGGCCCCCCUCCUCCCGCUGCUUACCUUCCACCCUCAGGUCCAUCAUCUGUUAGCCUUCAGCGAAUGUUUUCAUAUACACCUGGUCUUGCUCCGUUCAGUUACGGUAGUUCUGUGACUAGUCAUGAUUCUAGCAUUUCACCGUCAUUGUCAUCACAAGGCUAUGCUAACAGUGAAGAUUCAAAAGGGCAGUCUUCGCUUACGGCGUUCUUUGGUACGGGAGGGUCCGGCCUGAGUACUCCAGAAGAGUAUGGCAUUACAGGAAAAAAGCUAGAAGGGGAAGAAAAAGCAUCACCUGCGACGAUUCGCAUUCGACACACCAUUAAGUCACGCUUGGAAUAUGCCAAGAAAGUAUGUGAUGCUGACCUUCGUCUUAUCAUAGAUGGUCUUAACGAGUACGUUGAACGUGGAUUGCAAUAUGUCGAGGAUGUCGAUGAAGUUUUAGAACAUGGUGUGUCGAGUCCUGAUAGUGAGGAGCUUGAGGAAGAUGAACCCAUGGAACCAUUGCAGCGCGAAGCCUCGUUUUCUAGUCAACCGGAAAAUCAUAGCAUGACUCCUGACCUCAUCGUACCUCCAAGUCCAACGGCUGCUAUGUCUCCUAUGUCUCCAUCUAUGGGACGAAAGCGAAAUCUUCAAGUUAGCCUGCAAGGUAUAGAUGAGGGUGAAGAAGCCUUCCUUGGUUUGGAACGAUCGGAUGAUGAUGAUAGUGGUUCGGAUCAAGAACAAUUGAAAGAACUGAGUGAACAAUUGAAGCAAGAACUACAAGGAAACAAUUAUCAAGAUGACGUUUCGAAUUUACAAAGUCCUCCAUCUGGGCCACCCAAUGCUGGCAACUUGACGCCGUCUGAUUCUAUGCCUGCUCAUUUAUCGCAUGUCAAUUCCAGGCUGACUCUCAUAUCAGAAGAUUCAUAUCUUCCUACACCCUUCAUAUUGACACUCCAAGAUUUGAUAUCUUUGGCCCAAAGUGUGCUUGAUAUGCCUUUGGAUACUUUCCUUGAAAAUUCUGGAACGUGUGCUGAACUUGUGUCUCGCAUACAAGAGCUAGGAGCCAAAUGGGACGAAAAUCCAAAGUGGCCAUGCCGUGAAUGGUAUGUUCGACUACUCCUUGGCGUUGCUGCUCUCAAUCGAGUCGUGGAAUGGUGGGAGGCUGAAAGGGGCUUUUGGGCCAACUCCUUCUCACUCACAUCGUCAGGCACCCAAGCAACCAGUAAAACCACACAGAAUGAGGAUGGUAACGACGGUGGGUUAGAAAAUGACCGUGCACAUGAUUAUCGUCGUCGUUCUAGUGGUGCUAGUAGUACUUGGAGCUCGAAUUAUAUGCUACCACCUGCUCGCGGUGAGCCUAUCAUUGAGGAGCAAUCCGAAACCGAACCAGAUGAAUACGAAGAUCAACGCUCAAAUGCUACAGCUACCCCUCUUUCAUCAGGCUCAGAGACCAUCAUGAUGCACAAGCGUCAUAGUGAGCAAAUGGAUGCUAUGGACUCUCGAUCUGACUUUAAUGAUCAAAAGAACGACAGUGAUCAAUUGCAGCUGGAUGCUGAACGAGGUCAGAAUACAACUAUUGUCAUGGAACUCAGUCUCAGUACAGUUGAAGUGCGAUACCUUAGUCCCGUUUGGCAAUUGGUAGUUGGGUCUAACCCUGCCUCGGUCAUUGGCUGCCCCAUAUCACAGUUUCUUUCCUACGAAGAUCAAUGUGUUUUUGCUGAAGCUACACAGCAAUUACUGUCUGACGACUCUAAAACAAUAGAGGUGCGAUUCACUCUGGUUCAAUCAGACGGUGAUAAAAUUGAGCUCGAAGGCAAAGGUAUGCUCAUGUACAAUCGAGUGACUGCAGAACCAAGUCACACCAUGUGGGUCAUCAAGCCCAUCGGUACUCGUCGAUGGUCUGUCGUCGAACCCAUGUUGACUCCCAAAUCAGAGGAGUUGAGCAAAUCCCCCAAAGCUACCAGCCCCGGCCACCAAACUCCUACUCAGGAAGAGCGCUGGAAUGACAUGCAAGAUGCGUUGGAGGAGGAACAAAAUGAUUUGGAAGAAGAAGAAAGGGCGCGUCGGAGGACCCGAUCCAUGUCUGAACCUACCAUCGUCACACCACCUCUUGCUCCUACAAAAUCUCCAACGUUGCAGUGGGAUGAAGCCGUAGUGGACCAUCAAGCCCUUGGGCCUAGUCGAAAGGGUGCUAUGAUGCGACGUGCCAUAUCGCAAGGCGGUCAGCCAUCCACUGAUUUGACAACAGCCAGCCGUCAUUCCAUGCUGAGUCUUCCACCUGCUUUAUGUCGAAUCUGUGAAAAAUGGGUUGUUACAGCGUUCUUUGAACAACACUCGGAACUAUGUGUCGAAAUUCAUCGUGCCGAGAUGGAUUGUUUGAUGUGUGAUGACAGUACACGAGAGCUUCGUCAACAUGUGCAAGAUAUGUAUGACGACCUAACCGAAGAGCUCAGCAAAUCAGAGGCGCAACCUAUCAAUAAGGCAGUCGAUGGAUUAGCUCAGAAGAGCCUUUCGAUUGAUACCAUGUCUCAGCAACAAACAAGCGAUGGCAAGAAUCGUAGCUUACUUGAUGUUGUCGAUCUUGAGCAGGCUAUGGAUCCAAUGGAUAUGAAGAAAAAUAAUAUUGAAGUCUACAAAGAACUUUUGGAGACGCUUGAUGUUGCUCUAAGUAUAUCGAUCCCUGGUGGUGACAAUAGUGCAACUGACAAUGAGGAACAGAAUGACGAAUGGAAAGCAGAAGGAUCCCCAAGAAUGCUUCAGUCACCGCGAUCCAAGUCCAAAAUGGUACAUAUCAUGUACUGGAGACCACCUAUUGCCGAUGAUCCACAAGUGGCUAACCUUGUGAAAGACGUUGAAGUGAUGGUGCGAGGCAAAAUCGAUGCCGUGAACCGUAUGCGUGAUACUUUGGAAUACAAUGAACAAGUUCGAUUGGAGUUCCAACAGUUGAUGGAUCAAGAUGCUGGCUGGUCUGAAUUUGUCACCGGUGCGGAAGACAAUGCUCUUCAAGACAACCCUCCUGAGAGUGAUGAUCGACUCUCCAGUGAUGCAAAUGAUCCAACCAAUGCGCAAACGGAACACGAGGACGAAUCGAAACCUUCUGCCGAUACCCUGUCACGCGUUCUGGAGUCUGGUACUCCUCCCAAAACCAUUGCCAGCAAAGUGAAAAGUCGCGAACUAGUGGAUCUCAAGGUUGUACCUCGCGGAACGAAAGCACCUAAGCGAAAGCCCUCUUUGGUACCAACAUCGCCUCCCAUCAUGGAAAUGGAAACCAUUGAAACACCGGUUGGAUCGCCUGGAAUACGUCCACGAAUAUUGCCAAACUUCAACGAAGGUAGUUUGUCUGGCAACAGCAGUCCUGGUAGUGGUUCUAGCAUGCUCGGAAAAUCGCCGUUAUCGCCGCUUCCCUUGUCUGCCACUUCCAGACCUACCCCACCUAGCAUCAAGGAUUUCGAUAUCAUCAAGCCCAUUAGCAAAGGCGCUUUUGGAUCUGUGUUCUUAGCCAAGAAGCGAGCAACUGGAGACUAUUAUGCCAUCAAGUUUUUGAAAAAGUCGGAUAUGAUUGCAAAGAAUCAAGUCACUAAUGUCAAGGCUGAACGCAUGAUUUUGAUGACUCAAACCGACAGUCCAUUUGUCACCAAACUUUACUAUACGUUUCAAUCUAAGGAUUACCUUUAUCUGGUUAUGGAGUACUUGAAUGGAGGUGAUUGUUCUGCCCUUAUUAAGAUCAUUGGUAGCCUUUCAGAAGAUUGGGCCAAAAGCUAUCUCGCGGAAGUGACACUUGGUCUCAGCUACCUUCAUGAGAGAAACAUUGUUCACCGUGAUUUAAAGCCGGAUAACUUGCUCAUUGAUCAAUAUGGACAUCUUAAGCUUACAGAUUUUGGUCUAUCCAGGAUUGGAUUUUUGGAUCGACGUGUUCGAGAUGAAAUGGCGAACUCACUAGCUCACGGUGGUCAUCAUCUACCAACUUCACCGGCUCCUUCAAGAUCCCAUACGCCACCUGCACAAAAUGCUGAUACCGUUUCACCAAACACAUAUAGACAUUCAUACUUUGGUCUUUUGUUUGAUCGCAGUCGGCGAGGAUCUAUGGCAAGCUCUACAUCUGGUGAAGGAAGCGGUUCUGGUACGCCUAAUUUUGUACCUAGCAUACCUGAAGGCACAAAGUCGCCUGAAAAUGCAGGUAGUACUGCUGGUGAGGACACUCCUCACCACAACCGACAACACAGUAAUACAAGCAGUAUGCCUAGCAUGCUCAGCCAUUCUGUAUCGUCAAGUAUCACAGCAUCAAGCUUUAUGUUUGCUGAUAGAGAUAGGACCGAGAGUGAGCGCACCGAUUCUCCGCGAGGAGCCAUUGGAACACCAGAUUAUCUUGCUCCAGAAAGCAUUUUAGGAACUGGCCAAGAUGCUAUGGUCGAUUGGUGGGCUCUAGGUGUCAUUUGUUAUGAGUUCCUUUACGGAUUCCCACCUUUCCAUGCCGAAACCCCAGACAAAGUAUUUGAAAAUAUCUUGUCUCGACGCAUCGACUGGUACGAAAACGAGGUUUCUAUUUCACCUGAAGCGCGCGAUUUUAUGGAACGCCUGAUGGAUACCAACCCUUCCAAACGAUUGGGUGCAAAUGGAUCUGAAGAAGUCAGAUCACAUCCGUUCUUCAAAGAUAUUGACUGGGACUGUUUGUUGACCAAGUCGCCAGCUUUCAAGCCCAACCCUGUCAAUCUUGAAGAUACGGAAUACUUUGAUGCUCGUGGUGCGACCAUGCAUGCCAUGAUGGACGAUGAAGAUAUUCAAGCUGCUGCCAAAGCCCAAGUUGAAAAGGCUAAAACCAUCAUUCAGCAGGAAAAUCAAACACCAGGUGGCAGUAUGUCCACAACAGACGACGCUUCAUCCCAUCUUUCUUCCAAUAACAAGAGUGAAUCCGGCGCGAGCGACAAUGCAGACUUUGGUACAUUUGUAUACAAAAAUCUACCUGUGCUAGAGAAAGCGAACGAGGAUGCUAUUAGAAAGAUUCGGCACGAGAGUAUCAUUGCUAGUGUCGCCAGUGGUAUGAACAUUGACCCUGCUACCGGCAGAAUUAUCCAUCGGUCACUACCCGUAGCCAAUCGCAGAAAGCUUGCCUCUCAAUUAGAACUUUCACCUUCACCACUGGGAAUAGCACCUGUUUCAUCUUCGCUACCAGCAUCACCACCUUCUCUAUCACCAUCCAGUUCAGCAAAAACGAACCAACGACGACCCGUCGAUGUGGGUUCGCAUGCGCAUUUGUUACCUGAGCCUAUCAAACGACGAGGUUCCCUCCCUACCAAGUUACGGACCAGUACAACAGCUUCUGGUUCCAAAGGACGUCCAUUAUCUGAAGUUGAAAGCAAAACUACCACACCUUCUCCCAUUGACCGUGUACGCCCAACAAGCGACAGCCAAACUAAUUUGAAGCAAACCGACGUUACAUCUACUACGCAAGUUUCCAUCACCAACGAACCACAUCCUCUUCAACAAUCUGACAGUGAACGCCCUCGAUCCAGCAGUCUCGGACCUAGGAAGAUUGACUGUCUCAUCGCCGAUGAUAAUCCCAUCAGCUGCAAAAUUCUUGAAACCAUACUUUAUACACUGAACUGUCGAUGUGUCGUUGUUCGUAAUGGUGCCCAAGCUAUCCGAUGUGCUAUGGGUGGUGUAAAGUUUGAUAUCAUCUUUAUGGACAUUCGCAUGCCAAUCAUUGAUGGAGAAGCAGCUGCUCGUAUGAUUAAAUCUACCAUCAAUAUGAACUCCACAACGCCUAUUAUCGCGGUAACAGCGUACGAACAUACUGUUCAAUUGGCAGGAGCGUUUGAUGAUAUCUUGAACAAACCUGUUACUACUCAGAUCAUCUUGAACCGACUGAAGCAGUUCUGCGACAUCUGGAAUGUACCAACUGCUUCAAGUAACCUUCAACAGCCCACCAUGCCAAAGUCCACAGAUGCAAAAUCACCAUUAUCAACCUCGACUUCGUCAGUAACAUGAUAUCCGUGUGCAUUUUUUUUUUCUUUUUUCUGUUCUUAUUUUUGCUUCGUUAUGUCGUUUAUCUUUAAUGCAAACAUCAUCGGUUU